AUGGACCACCUUAGUGAUGGCCUGCCCUUUGCCGGUAAAGUUGACCAAGGGGCCCCAUCAGUGUCACAGCAGGAUGUGGACAAAAGUUAUGCUGGCCACGCUGUGCUCGCCCAGCGCGUUUCGAGCAGAAAACUGUUGUUUUCUUCGGCUCGACUUCUAGGCGUGACCUUUGCCUCUUUGGCAGUGGCUCACCUCAUUUUGCACUGCUUUCACCUGAGAAACUCUACACCAGCUGUUGUCCCACAGGGUAGAGCGCUAGCAGCUGGCAGCCGCAAUCCCUGUGCUUCGGGGUAUGUUCCUGACGAUGAAGCUGAAGACGACUCACGCGCUGACGAGGCCAGAGGUCAGCAGCCACUCAUACAACAAGAGGACACCCCAGAGAUCUACAUCCGUAUAGUAGGCGAUGCUCAACCGCAACCGGAAAAAAACCCGGCCGUAGAGGUUGCAGUUGGAGAAGACGAUCCUGGAGAAGGGACCAGUUCGCAGUGUUCGUCACAGGGAACCCAGGCAACAGACAACAGAUCAUGGGAAGAGGACGGUUUGCCCGAAGAUAUUAAGGAAAAGGUGUUGGAUCUUUUUCAGCGGAUGAUAGAAGUUUCAUUGUUGUGCAAAAACCUAUUGCCGAUGUUAGCUAAUGGCCAGCGCUUGCGAAUCACAUACAAUUUGGUGAGGCUGUUCUCAUUGGACGUGGGCGCAAUCUAUUGGGUCGGCAGGGAAUUAGAGCCUGUAAGAGCCAGCGUGGGUCACUCGCUCAAUCACCUGAUUUAUUUUGCUCUUCAGCGUAGCGGCAAGGACCACAAGCAGGAAGAUCGUCGCGUGGCACUUCGCCGCAUGAUGGAAUUGAUUACUGAACUUAAACAGCCCCAUUAUCUCAAUGACGGGAAUGAGCUUCCUUUGUACUUGAAAAAGCUGAAUGAAGUCCUGCAAACCGCCGCCCUUACAACUAAACUUUGUUUCGGCGUUCUGAACGGGCUGCUACAGAUGAAGCGAGAGUCUUACUCGAAACUGCCAGACCGAGUGGUAGACCAGCAAGCAACUGUCCUACAGGCAAUGUACCAUUCUCAUUCUGAGCAAAUCUCCAGAGACUUCAUGCUUAGACGGUUUAUCUUAAUCUGCCAGAAGCGCAAGUCAGUGACUUUCCUCCUUACGCGUCACCACUACCAGACAUACAAGGGUGUGGUUUCUGAGGUAACAGUAUUGCUUCAACAAAUUAUCGAUGCUGUCAGAAAUGCUGGCGGUCUCCUGCAGCAGCAGUAUAGUCUGGCCGCACCCGAUCGCGUUGACGAUGCUUCCAUAAUAUACCAGAUGCAGGUGGAACUACAGCGAGAGUUAUUGCGCGCCAAUGCUUUCGGAUCGCGGAACCAGCCUGAAUCUACAGUGCAGGCCGGAGCUGACUUCGCCGGCUGUGAAGCCCCGCCAGCAGUGGCAUGCCCACCGUGGGAAACUGUCCAAAUGCACCCGAGUGAUCCUCAACUCGGCUUGCUGGAGCCAGCGACAGUCGCCAGCAGCUUUGGGAGUCAGCUUCCACAAAUAAGUCAGCCGCCUCAAUUUGAACGCACGGUUGGCUUUUCGGGGUUCCCCCGGAAACACCCACUAGAAGACACUAUUGAAGCCAUCAGCGCAAAGCGUGCGUCGCCAACUUUUCCCCAAGCAGCUUUUCUGGGUACGCCAUAUCUUCAACCUAGUCAAGGUCGAACUUCUGCCACGGCGCCAAAAAGCAGUACAUCCUCGGGCCACAGAGCUCGACUUCGCGCAAGGUCCUUUGCUCAACAGUAUCGGAGUGAUUUAGUUGCCACACCUACGCAUCCAGGUCUAGUUCCACCUGUACCUCAGCCCUAUCCCACCUACAGCCUUUUCGGAAGCGGUGGCGUCCCGUCCUGGUUACCCUCUUCACUAUUAUCAAGCGUUAAGGCUCGCGUCCCUCCGCCUCUAACCCUUGAUUACACAUUCUGCCAACGCGUCGGUUACCCUAGCAACUACGUGAUGGGUGCUCCUGGUGACACAGAAAGCAAUUACCAGGAAACUGAUGAAGAUCAAGAUCAAGAAUAG